UGAAGAAUCUGUUUUCGAUAAAUGUAAACAUUUUUUCGGAGGAUAGAUCAUUAUUCUGGAGCGAUUUCGUGUCUGAAACUCAUAUGUGCGGCUUUAAAGCUGCUCAUUAAAAUUGAUGAAUGCUUUUUCGUAUUUAGUUUCUUAAUGAAGAAAGAAAACAGUAUUGGUUAAUUUUUACGGAAAUUAUCUGAUAUUUACAGAAUGGCAACCUUUAUACCAAAGAUUAGCACAUUAUCGAGCCGUAUUAUUCGUAUACUUGGCUGUAAUCCUAGCCCAAUGACACUUCAAGGAACAAAUACUUAUCUUAUUGGUACAGGAGCGAAACGUGUAUUGUUAGACUGUGGAAAUCCUAGCGUACCGGAAUAUAUAGAUUUAUUAAAAAAUGUGUGUAGUGAACAAAAUUGUUCUCUUCAUAACAUUAUUGUCACACACUGGCACUUAGAUCAUAUUGGCGGAGUACCAGACAUAUUAAAGGAAUUAAAACUAGAUUGCACUGUAUCAAAAUUUCCAAGAGCUCCGGGUAUGGAAAAUUUACCAAAUGUUCCUGAUCUACCAUACCACUAUUUGAAAGAUGGCGAUGUAAUUACAACUGAAGGGGCCACUCUUAAAGUACUUGCUGCUCCUGGACAUACAGAUGAUCACCUUGUUCUGCUUUUAGAAGAAGAAAAUAGUCUUUUCAGUGGAGACUGUAUACUUGGUGAGGGUACAGCAGUUUUUGAAGAUCUGUUUGAUUACAUGCACAGUUUGGAGAAAAUCCUGAAGUUGGAACCAGAUAUAAUUUAUCCUGGUCAUGGUCCUGUAAUUGAAAAUCCUAAAACGAAAGUUCAAGAAUACAUUCAACAUAGAAUGCUGAGAGAGAAACAGAUUUUAGAUGCUUUAGAAGUUGCCCGACCAAAUGGUUUAUCAGCUGAAGAACUGGUGAAUCAAAUAUAUGUUACUACUCCUAAAUAUUUAUUAAAAGCUGCAGAGGUGAAUGUACUCCAUCAUCUUCAGAAAUUAAAGAAAGGAAAAGUUGUUACAGAAGAAACUUCAAAUGAUGGAGAAUGUGUAAAAUAUGUUUUGUUGUAAUCAUUUUGACAAUUAUUUUAUUAGUCAAUCCAGAUUACAAUUUAACUUUGAAUUGUUAAAGCUAUAAUACUUUAAAUGAUAUCUUGUUGAACUUUUAAUAUUUUUAAAAUUAAAAAUAUAACUAAAAAUA